GUGUCCAGUAUGUGGAAACGGAGAAGAGCCAAUAUGGACCAAUCAAAAGUGUCUAUGUAGAAAGAUAAACAACUGUGGGGUGCCACCAGUGUGUGUCACUGGACGUAGAGGGUCCCAAUGUGACCAGCCUGAUUGUUGGCCUUGCCAAGGUACAGUAAACGUGCCACAAUUAAACCAUGAUAUUUAUAUUCCUUAGUAUUUUGAGCUUUUUGCAAAAACAUAAUUUGAGAUUGCAAACCUUGACUCCUUUACUCAGUUUAUUGGUCCUUUACUCAGUAGAAAAAGACUUUUACGUUUCGUACACGUUUUGUUAUUAGACACCUUAAGAUUGACGUUUAUUUUAUUUACGCCUAACCGCAAAUCGCGGUUUGCCGUUAGCGGUUUCACGUUUGCCGUACUUGCAAGUAUGAAAUUAAGAUUGACGUUUUUCUUCGCGUUCAAUUAUUUUCCGUCGAAACUAUAGGAUCCAUUUGAAUUGUGCCAUCCUGUCAAAAAAACAAAUGUCACUACCAAUUUGUUAAAAUGAAUUGAAAUAUGAAACUAUACAUGUAAGUAAGAAAUAUGCAAGUAUAUAUGUUUAAACACAAAGGUCAUCAAUGAUUUUGAACUUGCUUUAUCGUGAAUGUUCAAAUGUAAACGUUUAUUAAUUAAAACGAUUCAAAACACGACUUAAAAUAAACAAAUCUCAAUUUAAGAAAUUUAUCAUACCAAAAUCGGCCACAAAAUAUUGAACUGACAAUCGAAAUUUUCAUGUUUGUUUAACCCAAAUAAAUUAGAGAGUCGAAUUUAUACAUGGUUCGGUUAAAAGCACUCAGAAUAUGAAAACUUUCCUGUUAAAAACAAGUUUUAUCCAUCCAAAUCAAAGAUAAGAUGUAUAUUUGUCUUAAUAUCAUUCAUAUACGUGCAAUGAAGUAAUAACAGUUGAAUAAAAUGCUGAGGUAAAAUCACUUACCUGUAGAAUGCACUCUUGAGGUUUAAAACGUCAGCGAUUUACGGUGAACGUGACGGCAAGCUCCUGGUCACGUGCAGGUUAGACGUUUGCGAAAAAUACGUCAAUCUUAAGGUGUCUAUUGAUUCAACUUUUCAUGCAUAUACUGUACAGCCGCCGGACAUAUAAAAUUUUCAAAACCACACGGUCCACGCUGGCUUCAUCCCUCCCAAAACAUAAAUUAUUGAAUGAAAAUAUUUUCUGUGAACCAUAGUACGGUUCAUCUACCAUACUAAUUGAAUCUUGCAGGAUGUUCGGGAAACGGUGUUUGUGUUACUGAUUCCUCGUGUCGAUCAAGAUGUUUGUGUCGAAGACGUUGGCAAGGUCGAUGCUGUGAAAGACGUAGGCGUAUUUGUAUGUGCGGAGAUCCACAUUUAGAGACACUCGAUGGUGAGUACAAUGUGUGAUUUUGGUGCAAAUUUCUGUCAGAACAAUAAUAUGUAGAAUAGAAAGGCAAAAAAGUGUUACAACAAGAGCGGCGGCAACAAACUCAACAGUAACAACAGUAAGAACAACAAACCCAACAUGCAGUAGGCUAACAACAGCGACAGCAAGAGCCAAAGAAGCCGAAAAGAAACAACAGCAGUGACAAUGGCAGCAGUAACAACUGCGCCAAGAACAGGAACAACAGCGACAAGUGUAUAGCCACACACCAGCAAGAACAGUAGACUGCUUUAGCAAACACAACGCGACGUCGACGAGGACGUGAAACUGGCGUGGCACGUGGAAUUUUACUUCCAGUUUAGUCUGGGACGUCGUUCAUGUUGUAGUUUUUCAGAGUGUUUUCACGUCCUCUCUAGAACGUCACAAAUUUAUGCUUGUUUUUAAAACAUCUGGGAGUAUAUGCACCAUUUUGUUCCCCAUAUUUUCUUCAAUAUUUGAAGCGGAAUAUUGUUUUGAUUGAUAAGUUUGUGUUCUUAUAUUUCGCUGAGUUUUGGAAGCGUUGAUUUUUGACAAGUACUUUCAUUGCCAUAACAAAACAACAGGACAGCAAGCAUUGUUGACCACUUUGACACUGCUUCUAUUUCUGGCCAAAAGACACAGUUUAAAGCACAAAAACUGAAAUGUAGCAAUACGACUUUAAAAUGAAGAAAACAGUUGGAAUAUAGAAUAAUUAAAGCACUUAAACAAGUAAAAAUGGGAUCAAUUUUAGCUUUUUGGCUUGAAAAAAGUCAUAAACAAAAUUGAAUUUCACCAAUGUAAACUCUGAUAUGCCUAUAAUAUUAAUAAUAGCUUAUAGAAAGUCGAUUAAAUCAAAUAGAAACCGAAGAAUUUAACUCGUGAACAAUACCUGCAGCUUUUGUCCGUAUGAAUAUGAUGGGGACUUCAACAAGUUGGACUUGAACCCUUUGUGUCGCCGUUUCAAUCUACGCAAACAGGUCAAGUCGCCCACGAGAGGAAAAAACAUUUUGGACCAGAUACUUACCAAUAUGUCGGAUUUGUAUGACGAAGUUCUUCACAUUCCACCCAUCGGACGUUCCGAUCACCAAUGUUUGAUCUUACCACCCAAAACAAGACAGAAGAUGCCCCCAGUUUCAAAGAAAUAUCGACAAAUGAAACCAGAGAACUUAAACGUUCUGGGACUGAAAAUGAAUCUUGAAGACUGGGAGAAAGUAUAUUCCGAAUGGGAUGUGGAUGACAAGGUCUCAGUCUUUAACCAUAUCGUUAUCUGUAUGCUUGAUGAAGCCUUACCCGUGAGAACAGUUCGCGCACACUGUACGGACAAACCGUGGAUGACCCCCAAUAUUAAAGCGUUGAUAAAAGCAAGACAGAGAGCAUUUACGAAAGGGGAGACACCGAAGCAUAAAAGUUUACAUGCAAAAGUUACCAAGCUGAUAUCCAACCAUCAAUCCAAUCCCGCCAAAUGGUAUAAAACGAUUUACAAGCUAGCGGCAGCAACCGAAAAUCAACAAUCUCUGUCCUCGCCUGACCACGCUGACCUAAUGGAAAUCGCUGACAGACUACAAAGAAGUUUUACUAAGCCUUGGCUAGGAAUUCAACCAGAUCCUCCCAGACUUCAAGCGGUAGAGCAUUUGCUCAAGGACAGCCACCCACCUCUACCAUCCAUUGGCCAAGUCAAAACCGUCCUAAAACAUCUAAAUCCUAGGAAAGCCACUGGGUCGGAUAAUAUCCCUGCAUGGUGUCUUAAACGGUACGCAGAAGAAUUAGCACCAGUGGUCCACGAUAUUGUGGUUGCAAGCAUAGUUCAAUGCAAAUAUCCCACCUCCUACAAGCAUGCAAUCAUUAGUCCCAUACCAAAGAUCCGUCCACCCACAGACCUAGAUAAUGACUUCCGCCAAGUUUCCGUGCUACCACAACUAGCAAAAGUUAUCGAGAAGCUACAGCUGCAACUCAAUAAAUCCAGUUUCAAGAUCAAAACAAACCAGCACGCCUUUACGAGCGGUCACUCCACCGUGUCUGCCCUUACCUCCAUAUCUCAGAACUGGUUCGACUCAACGGACAACUCCUCAACCGGUAGACAAGGUGUCCACGCCCUAUUUGUUGAUUUCCGGAAGGCGUUUGACUUGGUCGACCAUAAGAUCCUUCUGGACAAGCUUGCUGAUAUGAAUGUAACAAGGAGUUUCUGGUUAUGGAUAAUGAGUUUUCUGGAGGGAAGAACACAACAGGUAAAUCUCCAAGGUGUACUAUCCUUUACUGCAUCAUGCCCAGCCGGCGUCCCUCAGGGAUCUGCUAUCUCGCCGACCCUAUUCAACAUACACAUUAACGAUAUGGAGGAAAAUGUUUCUGAACAGGCAUGUGUCAACACAAUCAAAUAUGCGGACGAUUGCACCAUGGAUACGUCCAUAAGAUUAGGAGAAUCUAGCGAUUUGCAAAGCGCUCUGGACUCAGUACAAAGUUGGGCUGUGGAAAAUAAAAUGGAACUGAAUGCCAAAAAGACAAAAGAUAUGUGGAUUAACUUCACCGAAGCACCGCCCCCUCUACCACUGCAUAUAGGAGAUGCUAUCAUAGAAAGAGUCGAUAAUUUUAAACUCUUGGGAACCUGGUUUCAAAAGGACCUGAAAUGGAACAAACAUGUCGAGGAUACCACCCGCAAAGCAGCUAAAAACCUGUACUGCCUACGAGAAUGUAGAAGAGCGAGUCUACCAGUCGAAGUGGGUCUCACCACUUAUUUAACUAAAAUCAGGCCUAUCCUUGAAUAUUGUUCUCCAGUGUGGGGUGGUCUGCCACGAUAUCUAAAGGACGAAUUGGAACGUGUGCAAAGGAGGAGUCUACGAAUUAUUGGCCUCCCGCAUGGUUACCUGCCAACUCUCGAAGAGAGAAGAAUUGAAGCCACAUCGAGGGAACUCGUUAACAUCUUAGGUGAUCCAAGUCAUAUCUUUUAUCAACGAACUAUGGAACAUAAUAAACAUAACUAUAAUCUUAGGCGUAGAGACGGUAUAUUUAAAUACGCACCUUUCUCAGGCACUGAACGACACAGAAAUAGUUUUGUCCCACGAGCAAUGAGACAGGGGUUGCACUAAAACCAAACUUGGUUUUAUUAACUUUUUAAAUAAUUUCCUAGACUUUUAAAUUUUUUACUCCAAAUUGUAUAUAUAUAAAUUUUAGAUAGUUUGUAAAUAUUAUUGCAUGCUUAGUUAUGCUCUUCUCUUUUGAAAGACAUAUUUGUAAAUCCAUUGUAUUUUUAAACUAAAGAUGGAUCAAUAAAAUCAUCAUCAUCAUCAUGCAAUAAAAUUCACUUGUUCAAAAACAACAAAAUAUACCAGUUUGUUUAAAAAAUUACUUGCUGAAUGUUCCUAGAAAAUCCUUAGAUUUAGACCUGUACAACAGAGCAUUUUAUUGCACAUACCAGAAAAAAAAAACAAUUGAAAACGAUAAAGAAAUAUGGUAGCGGCGAAAAAACAAGAAAUCUGCUUCGAAGGAGAUAAACACGAAAGUCGCAGAUUCAAACCGGAAGUAAACGUGAGGUGUAUGAUGUCAUUUUGACGUCCUGAUUGACGUCGCGUUGUCGUUGCUAAAGCUGUCUAGUAUCAGGAGCAAAAAUAGCAUCAGCCCCGAAAGAACUACAACCAGUGGCAUAGCCAGCCCAACGAUUUAGUCUAGCUAUGCAAAUUUCAACUCAUUAUCAUUAUUAAUUUCUUUAGAAAUUGAUUGUGUUGAUAGUUGUUUAUAAACAUGGCACUAUUUGCAUAGCGGGACUAGAUCGUCGGGCUGGCUACGCCACUGACUACAAUUGCAACAGCAAAGAAAAAACCACCACCACAACAACAACAACAACAACAACAACAACAACAACAACAACAACAACAACAACAACAACAACAACAACAACAACAACUUAAUUUUAUGACUCUCUCCAUACUUUUUAUGACUCUCUCCAUACUUUUUACAGGCAUCGAAUUCGACUACUUUGGCAUUGGAGAAUUCUGGAAUUGCAAAAGUAUCGCAAAUGACUUUGGAAUGCAAAUACGAUUCUUUGCUUAUAAUGGAGCUUCUCUGACUGGGGCAGUUGCACUCAAAUUGGCGGACAACGUCGUUACCAUAACAACGCCACCUGUCUCUUUACCUGGUGAUUUACCACGACUAAGGUAUAACGCGGGCACUCAGAGUCUGCAUACCUCCAGCAAGGAAAUAGUUGCGAGGGAUGAACCGGGCGAGAAUCAUAAUAUUAUGAAAAAUAUAUAAUGCCCAGCAUAACGUCCGUAGAAUAUAGCCACAACAAAAUGACAUUUGGUAAUGUUUCGUUUGGGAACUAACGUGUCGUCUUUUACUCCAGACUUCUUUUAGAGUUAAUGAAGUGUGAUAUUAAAUUAUAAACACAAAGUUACAAGUAUAAUCUGAGAGUAGGGGGGGGAGGGGGGAGGAGGGUACACAAAUAAAAUAUCUUGUCUUUGAAAACAGGUGGGAAAUUUGUCGUCGCUGACCAGAAAAUCGAGGGCAGAAACAAAGCCCCAUUGCAUUUACAUUCAAGACAAAGUAGAAAGUUAGCAAGAAGCUGUUUAGCCGACGCUGUUUGCUUUCCAUUCAAACGAUUCACAAAUUAACGGUUAUUCUUUUAUAAAUCGAUCAUGAAUUCCUUAUUUUGGGAUGAUUUUUUUUGUGAUCGAGUGAUUGGAAGAAGUGAAUAUGAACAUUAAAGCCGUAAUAAACGAAGAAAAAUGUGAUAUGAGAAUGAAAUGUAAGUUCAAAUUAAUUUUAUAUGCCUCAAAUUUUAAUAGGUCUAAGUUCAGAAUACAAGCUCGCGAAAUUUAACAAAUUUUGAAAAUAUGUAAAAAUAGCUUGACUUUGAACUGUAUUUUUUUAAAAAUAGCCCGUGGCCUCAAUUUCAAAUAUAGCUACAUGAAAAGAAAAAACUUUUCGGCGUUUGUAGGUAUCAAAUAUAUCGUCAAGAAAAUAGGGGCUCACAAUAUUUUAGCUGAGUCUUGAGACCCAGUUGCUUCGCACGUGUUGUGGUCAAAUUUUUGCCAAGAAUCAAAGGCCGAAAUGCGAACUUCCUUCAUGAAAACUGCUUGGAGAAGGGUCUAGUUUGAAAAUUUAGCUAUUAAUUUCAAUUUCAUGAGCAUAUUUUGGUUACACUUUAAAUAUUUUUGUACUUGAUGAGAUUCAAAAUGUGUUGUAUAUUCAAGCCCAGCUUCAGUGUAAUUUUGGUGAUGAUCGGAACAGAAAUUAUAGAGAUAUUUUAAGAACUGGCCGUGGCCUCACAAUAAAACUUUCUAAAAAUGUUCUCUGUUUCAUGUACUUUUAUUUGAUAUCUUAGGUAUAAGCGUAAAAAUAGGAGCUCAUACAGCUUACGAGGUUGUAAAAUGCAUGACUUGUCUCUAUUUUCAUGUAAACAUUCGAAAUUUUUCGACAGCAAAGUAGCAACUGUUUCAGAGCGAAUGCACGCGGACAGCACACCAGGGACAAUAGCAGGGUACUGAAAUAGAACGUCACUAAAAAAUACUGUAUGAUUAAUUUAGAUCAUGUCCAUUUUCAACAUAAAACAGUCAUUUAUUUUGUACCAAACAUUUGGCAAUAUUUAUACAAUUGCGCCUUUUUGCAAACACUCGUUGCGUAAUUGCGUGGCUCAUUUAGUUGCACGCGCAUGCUCGGACAAAUUUCCCACCUGUUGUCUUUGAGAACAUAUAUAUAUAUAAACAAUCAGAGUGAGAAUAAGUUAAACUGAUCCUGACAGGGCGAUGUUAUUUAAUUGUGCCUUUCAUAAACCUCUUUGCCCUUUAGUCGUUCGUAAAACAAUUCGAACUGUGCGAGAAAAUAGCAAUACUAAUAUUCCAACAUGUUUGGUUGGAUGGCAAAAUUUGUAAUUUAAUAUCAUGUAGUUGGUUACAAUUCAUUCAUAUAACUUUGUAAUUUUAUGAAUUAACUCCAAAAAUGUCUGUCUUGAGUGAAAGACGAAACGUUAGUUCCUAAAUAGAACUUACAAAAUAUAAUUUAUUAUGGCUAUAUUAUUCCACGGAAAUUAUGGUGCAUGGGCAUUGCCAUAUAUUCUGGCAUUGGUGUUAAUCAUCAUCCCAGCAAAGGAAGUCAAGUACAGUAUUCAUUGUCUUCAUUCAUACAUGUAUUAUAAAAGCAUGCAUUAAUUACGGAUUCAGCUUUUAUAUUUCAGUCCGGGGAAAAGCAUGUUAGACAGGCUUUUGCAAAGGUCUCAUCUCAUUUUCACCGAAAUAGAACCAAUCUUCGAUCGAUUUAUAACUAUUCUGAUAGCUUUUUAUUUAUCUUGCUGACAAGAAACGAAACAAACACACAAGCCGAGGUGAAAAUAUGCCCUCCUGCCGUAGGAACACUAUUCGUUAACUGGAAUAUGCUCUGCUUUAUUUCUCUUUUUUAAUAUUGGCUAAAUAUAUGUUUCGAAACCAUCUGUAAAUGUUUUUGAAUAUAUUGUUAAAAUUAAAAUAUAUCAUAUGCUGCUGUCUACAUUCCGCAAUCAGCUGUAGAUUUAGUCUGAUUUGUAUAAUUAUUUUAUCUCUCUAGAAUUAAUGGGGCUCUACAAAACUUGUCGACUCAUGACAUCUUUGCAUUUGCCAACGAUUCUAUAAAGCUAAAUGUUUUUAAUCCCGGAAACAGAACAGACAGCGAUAGUGUGCAG